AUGGGCCUGAUGAGGAUUUCAACCUCUAAUGGCGACCGUAUUACUAAGGGCGACGCUGUUACAAACAAUAUCUUGAGGAGGUGGGAACAAAUAUAUCCAUGGAUGCGGUUCUUCGCUCGAAAUUGCCUCCCUCCUCCUUACGAUGUCUCACUUACUCCCCCGCGCCCCGAUCUCUGCAACGUGUUUGAAGCUAUAAACAUGUGCCUACACCCGAUCACAUUCAUCUGCCAGAAUUCGGAGGAGGGGCGUCACAUGCUCCGGUCUUCCGUUUCUGUCCAGAACUUUGUUGCACAGUUAUGGACAUUGAUUGGAAACCUCAAGGACGAUGCACUCGAUGGCGACCCUAGAACUACAGGGGACCGCCUUCAAGUUUCGAUCCUCCGGGCGACCUUUCCGCUAACAAACUAUGUUUGUAUAUCUGAAUCUGAAGAUCCAGAUAGAAUCACUCUUCCGUUAUCGAAUUAUAUACAUGCUGCCGGAGGGGUGAAGCCCGUUGUCUUCACCCUUCUCAGAUACAUCCGUCGGAUUACCAAGGACGCUGCUGCUGUAAAAGAACCUCGAUCGUGGACACCAAGCGAUCAGAACGUACGAUACCUCCACGUCUUCACCACCGGUCUCCGUUAUUCCUUCCAAUUCCUCCAGAUCAUCAGUUACCAAGACGCUUCAUGUCGCGCACACCUUAUCCGUCAAGGUUCGAUUCGUACAGUGGUGGACCCAAUAACUCAGAUUUUGCCCAGGAUCUUAGUGCAAGCAAGUGAGGAAAUGGACUUGCACGCAGAGAUGGGACUAGCGGCCAGACAGCACAUCCUGUGGACGGGAUACUCGUAUAUUGCAUCUGCUAUCCGCGAUGGAGACGACGGGGUAACAAGUGUAUGUCAGGCAAUCGAUGCUGGCCUCCUUGAAACCAUGCCGAAGGGGGUUGUUUGCCCGCCUCAUUCCAACCGUCCUCGUCGCAAUCACCCGCCCCGAGGCCACAUGGGUGACGUAGAGUUACUCUUCAUUCUGGCCACGUUUUUCGUAUACCACAAAGUCGUUGAUUCUAUUUUCCGACACUGGUUUCGCAUGCAAAAUUCUACUAUGAUCGAACCACAGGACAGACGCGACGAAGGUUUGGGGCUUGCUCUCCAACUUGUCAUGACAGCUACUUGCGAUGCUAUGGAUCAUGCCACUGUAGAGCCUAUGAACUUCCAUGAAUACAGGUGCAGUGGUCCAGGAGUGCUAGUGUCGCAUGCGCGCAUCCGGGUUUGUCAGCAAAAAGCGUCGGUGCUCAGGAUGUUUGACAUCACUUUAUUGUUCGGAGAAAUGCCAAAGGGCUGCUUGGCGCAGUGGACACAAGAAGUGGUGUCAAGUUCUAAGGGCUCACGCGAUAUCCGCAAGAGCCUCCAAGUCAUCGGAGGCUUUGAAACCAGUGUGAUCUCGGGAUCGGCCGAAGACGUGGAAACGAGGAUUCGUGAAGCACGGCAGCAGUUUCCUGCAUUCAGUAACAAACUCGUACUCAUGCUCGAUAUGACUGUGUUCCCGACAGCGAUCCAUGUACUUCCCCUGCAGAAGCUUGAACAAUUCCCUGGUGAGGACCCUAUUUGGCCAGAGAUCGCUGACGAGAUUCGCGAACGAAGCGACUCGCCACCGAAAGGAUACAUGUUUUCAGUGGUGAAGGUACAUCUGGGGAAAUCAAAGUUUACGCUGUUCAGCCCAAGCACGGCAUUGGAUAUGGCAUUCGAGUGCCAGUAUCUUUCGGAUGAUGAACCGCAUGUUUCUGUGGACAAAGAUGAUGAUGAUGAAACCGCUGGGUGA